GCUGCCAUAUUGCCGCGCGGGGGGACUAUCGCCACCGUUCGCGGAGGAGUGGGUCCAAGCGAAAGCCUGUCUUGCUGAGCGUGUCCAUCUUCCUUAUUCACUGUCAACCUUGCCAGGCAGCCUUGCUGCCUAGCCCCAACUCCAGACCAAUGAACUAAUCCAUCGCCCGCGGCCCGACUCUCAGCUGCGGCUAGUCCAGGUGCCCACCCCGCGAAACGGAACGCCCAGGCGCCCAGCCUCCCCGCCGACCGCAAUGCCGAACAUGCAGCUGCCGCCCAAGGAGAGCAACCUUUUCAAACGCAUCUUGAAAUGUUAUGAGCAGAAGCAGUACAAAAAUGGACUCAAGUUUUGCAAGAUGAUUCUUUCGAACCCCAAAUUUGCUGAACAUGGAGAGACUUUGGCUAUGAAAGGAUUAACACUGAAUUGUUUAGGGAAAAAAGAAGAAGCAUAUGAAUUUGUUCGUAAAGGACUUCGUAAUGAUGUCAAGAGUCAUGUCUGUUGGCAUGUAUAUGGACUCCUGCAGCGUUCUGAUAAGAAAUAUGAUGAAGCUAUUAAGUGUUACCGAAACGCCCUCAAAUUAGAUAAAGAUAAUCUACAGAUUUUGAGGGACCUCUCUCUGCUACAGAUCCAAAUGAGAGAUCUUGAAGGUUACCGAGAGACAAGAUACCAGCUUCUUCAGUUGCGCCCAACACAACGUGCUUCCUGGAUUGGGUAUGCUAUCGCAUACCAUUUGCUGAAAGAUUACGAUAUGGCCCUUAAAUUAUUGGAAGAAUUUAGACAAACUCAGCAAGUUCCUCUGAACAAAAUAGACUAUGAAUAUAGCGAACUGAUACUAUACCAGAAUCAAGUGAUGAGAGAGGCGGAUCUGUUUCAAGAAUCUUUGGCACAUAUAGAAACAUAUGAACAACAGAUAUGUGAUAAACUUUUGGUGGAAGAAAUUAAAGGGGAAAUAUUGUUGAAAUUGGGAAGAUUAAAAGAAGCCAGCGAAGUAUUCAGAAACUUGAUUGAUCGGAAUGCAGAAAAUUGGUGUUAUUAUGAAGGCUUGGAAAAAGCUCUGCAACUUAGCACUUUAGAAGAGAGGCUUCAAAUUUAUGAAGAAAUUAGUAAGCAGCACCCCAGAGCAUUUUCACCUAGAAGAUUACCUUUGAAUCUUGUUCCAGGUGAAAAAUUUAGAGAACUAAUGGAUACGUUCCUGAGGGUUAACUUCAGUAAAGGCUGCCCACCCUUGUUUACUACUUUGAAGUCUUUAUACUACGAUACAGAAAAGGUUUCUAUAAUCCAGGAACUUGUUACUAAUUAUGAAGCCUCUCUUAAAACAUGUGACUUUUUUAGCCCUUAUGAGAAUGGGGAGAAGGAACCCCCGACAACACUACUCUGGGUUCAGUAUUUCCUUGCACAGCACUUUAAUAAACUUGGACAAUAUUCUUUGGCUUUGGAUUAUAUUAAUGCUGCAAUUACUAGUACUCCAACUCUAAUAGAACUAUUCUAUAUGAAAGCAAAAAUUUACAAGCAUAUAGGUAAUCUCAGAGAAGCUGCAAAGUGGAUGGAUGAAGCACAGUCUUUGGACACAGCUGAUAGAUUCAUCAAUUCCAAAUGUGCAAAAUAUAUGCUUCGAGCAAAUAUGAUAAAAGAAGCAGAGGAAAUGUGCUCCAAAUUUACAAGGGAAGGAACAUCUGCCAUGGACAAUCUCAAUGAGAUGCAGUGUAUGUGGUUUCAGACAGAGUGCAUCUCAGCUUACCAGCGUCUGGGGAGAUAUGGGGAUGCCUUGAAAAAAUGCCAUGAAGUAGAAAGGCAUUUUUUUGAGAUAACCGAUGAUCAAUUUGACUUCCAUACAUACUGCAUGAGAAAGAUGACCCUUCGUGCCUAUGUUGACCUUUUGAGAUUAGAAGAUAUACUCAGAAGACAUGCCUUUUAUUUCAAGGCGGCUAGAUCAGCGAUUGAAAUAUACUUGAAAUUGUUUGAUAAUCCCUUAACCAGUGAAAGCAAACAACAAGAAAUAAAUUCAGAAAACCUGUCAGCCAAAGAGUUGAAGAAAAUGCUUAGCAAGCAGAGAAGAGCUCAGAAAAAGGCUAAAUUAGAAGAAGAGAGAAAGCAUGCAGAAAGGGAACGUCAGCAAAAAAAUCAAAAGAAAAAAAGAGAUGAAGAAGAAGAAGAAGCCAGUAGUCUAAAGGAAGAACUUAUGCCUGAAAAAUUAGAAAGGGUAGAAAAUCCAUUAGAAGAAGCCAUCAAGUUCCUUAUACCUCUUAAGAACCUUGUUGCUGAUAACAUUGACACCCAUCUGUUAGCAUUCGAAAUAUAUUUUAGAAAAGGAAAGUUUUUGUUAAUGCUGCAGUCUGUCAAACGCGCUUUUGCCAUCGACAGUAAUAACCCAUGGUUACAUGAGUGUUUAAUUAGAUUUUCCAAAUCUGUGUCUAAGCAAAGCAAUCUUCCAGACGUUGUGAGCAAAGUUCUCUCUCAAGAAAUGCAGAAGAUAUUUGUCAACAAGGAUUUGGAAAGUUUUAAUGAGGAUUUUCUCAAAUGUAACUCUACCUCUCUUCAGCAUCUACUUUCAGGUGCUAAAAUGAUGUAUUUUCUGGACAAGUCAAGGCAAGAGAAAGCAAUUGCUAUAGCCACUAGACUGGAUGAAACUAUAAAAGAUAAAAAUGUAAAGACUUUAAUAAAGGUUUCUGAGACCCUGCUUGAUGGCAGCUUUGGGAGCUGUAGUUCCCAGUAUGAAAAUUACAGGACGGCCUGUCAUAACCUGCUUCCUUUCACAUGUGCUUUCCUGCCCUCUGUGAGUGAAGUCACCAGUCUCAGUGCAGCACUGAACCAGACAGCUAACUGUGACUUUUUAGCAAAUGAAAUUUGAAACCGCAGAGAAGGUGACUCCUACAGACUCAAAGCUCAAUUCAGAUCAGGGUUUCUUUUCCAGGGUAUUUUUUAAUAUAGGUGCGAAAUGAAAUAUUUGAUUAAAAGUUUUAUUAAAUAGUGUGGUCUGUAAGCUUCUUUUAUUCUUUAUUGGACUCUGCCAGUUUACACACAUAUUUGUUAAAAUCACCUGUAUACACUUGUACAGUUUUUGUUAAAUUACUAAAUUAUCAGCAUUGUGGUAGCUGCUCUUGUGUCUAUAUCAUAGUUAUGAUAAUUUCUUACUAGGCUAAAUUAUAUACAACCCUACUAUAUCAUUUUCUUUAGAUCCUGGUUUCAGGAUCUGUGUUUGAUCUCUUGUCUUAUCGGUUUUUUGUUGUUUAUUUGCUUGCUUUUUAAUUAAAGCAUAUUAGUUUUAAAGUGUCCAUUAUGUUAAAAACAAUAUGGACUUCCUCUUGGCAGAUAUUGAGGGUUUUUAAAAAAUGUACUUUAAUUUGCUACUUGUCACCUUAAAUUUUCAUGAUUUACCUUCCAUUCCCUUUGUAAUAUCUAUCAAAGUGAUACUUUCUGGUACUCUAGUUUUUUGUACAGGCGGUCCUGGGUUAUGAAUGAGGUAGGUUUUGUAGAUUUGUUCUUAGGUUGACUGGUAUGUACGUUAGAACGUAUUGCCCUAUUACCUAUAAUAGCCUCUGUUCAUAAGUGUGAAUUGUAUGUCAGUCACAUGGGACUGCCUGUAGAUGAUUCAGAAUGUGAAGAUUGGUUUGCCUCUCGCGGAAAUUUUACUGGUAAAUUUGUCACAUCUCUAUUCUAGUUUUGAAGAGUCACAGGCAAGAAUUGCACUUUUUAAAACUACGUUGCUUUGAGUGUUAACAGGUAGCUUAUACUGAGGUAUCUUUUGAGGGAGCUUAAGAGGGCAGAAUACAAAUUAAAUCCAAACAUUGUUACUCUUACAGCUGCGUGUUAACCAUUAAAUGCAUUUUUGUAUCUCUUAGCAAAAUGAAAAUUUAAGCUCUCUUUAGCUUAAUUGUUAAGAUGUAUUAUUGAACGCAUUUUAGGGGGGAGUAGCUUUUUGUUCUACCUUGUACAGAAAACAGUAAUGGAAUCAUUCAAUAUGUUCAGAACCCUGUAAAUAUGUCUGUAAUAUUAAUGCUUCUCUUUAAGACAAAUAUAAAUUCAAAAGGGAGAUUUUAUUUAGACAGUUCUAAUAAGAUGGUUUUCCUUCACCCUAUUCUAUUUAGAUUGAUGGUUAUUGGAAGAGGAAAGAACUCAUUGUAAAAUAAUGCCAACCUAAAUAAUGCUGUAAUAAAUUAUUUUGUACACGGUU